GGGUCACUUAGCAAUCGUGGAAGUGGCAAAUGCCCUGGAAGGGUUAGUGGCCCAUUUAGUAGCCUCUAACCAAAAUGAAUAUUUACGUGAUCCACGUUUAGUGGAGGAGGUAAUUCAUAAAUUACCACACGAUCUUCAAAUAAAAUGGAUGGAGGUCGUUGAAAGUAACGUGCAAAAGGGCAAUAUUAUGCCCACGUUACAGGAUCUGUACAAUUGGAUUAAGCCCAAGGCCGAUGUUCAACGAGAUUUGUACAGCCAAACAAGGUCUCAAGGAGAACGUCGAAACAGAGUAAACGUUCAUCAAGAGACCAGCGGCGGUAAAUGUUUCUUGUGUAAUAAAGAACACAGGAUCAAGGACUGCAGGCAAUUUUUGAACAUGACUCCCAAAGAGCGAGCCAAUCAAAUUUUUAAAUAUAAGGCAUGUGUCAUGUGUCUUAAUAAACACAGGGGGACAUGCUGGACUCCGUUGCGAUGCGACCAAGGCAAUUGCAACGGGAGACAUAAUAAGCUGUUGCAUUUUUCAAAAAGGGAAUUCUACCCUAAACAGCCAAAUCCACCACCCCAAAAUAAUUCGGCAAAAAUUAAGGUAGAAGAAGCAGAGAUAAAGGAAGAAAGAUCCAAUCUGCAUCAGGAAAAGGCCUCGGCAGUAUUUUACCAAAUCAUGCCAGUAAUGUUAAGGAAUGGAAACCGUAUAAUCAAAUCAUAUGCCUUUCUAGAUCCCGGAUCAUCGCUAACCUUGCUGGAUGAAGGGAUAGCAGAAGAACUCCAGUUAGAAGGAGUUCCAGAUCCAUUAAGGAUCAAAUGGACACAGAAUGUGUCAAGGGAAGAGAAAGGAAGCAAACGAGUAAAGCUUAGCAUAAUGGGAAAAUCUGGAGAAGAGUUUACCCUUACGAAUGUGAGAACAGCUGCUCAUUUGCAUUUACCGGUUCAGACGGUCAACUACUCAAACUUACAAAAAGAUUUUCCAUAUUUGAAGAACCUACCAAUAAGCGAUUAUAAGAAUGCUCAGCCGAAGCUAUUGAUUGGUUUAAAUCACAGCCACUUGCUGUAUCCAAUCGAAAAAAGGGUAAUGGGAAAAAAUAAACCCAUUGCCAUUAGAACAGAAUUGGGAUGGUUGAUAUUUGGAAAUAUCUCGGAUACUGUCCAAGAGAAUCAUGUAUGCAUGAUUCAAGAGGACGAAAGAAUGCACGAAAUGAUGCAAAGAUAUUUCACAACAGAGGACUUUGGUGUAAAGGUUAUUGAGAGCUUGCCAGAGUCCAAGCAAGAUAUCAGAGCAAAGGAACUGAUAGAGAAAACUCUAAACUACACAGGCGAGAGAUACGAGAUCGGCUUGUUGUGGAAGGAAGAUGACUAUCAGUUUCCCGAUAGUUAUAAUCAAGCCUAUAAAAGGUUAUUGAACUUGGAGGCAAAGCUAAAGAAAGACUCCCAAUUAAAAGAAUGGGUUAUCGAUACAAUAAAAGAUUAUGUUGUUAAAGGAUAUGCCCGAAAAUUAAGCACAGAGGAAUCUGGCGGAUAG